CUCUUGACUCUUCUCAUUCCAUCUCCCCUUCCAGCCGGCUCUCAUUCCUCACACGGCACAACAACCAGGUUAUGGGGCAGGUCGUGGCGGCGGUCCUGCUUGGACGACGGAGCCCCCAGCUGCUGGUGGCGGCCUCUCCCAUCUCCUGGUGAUUGCAGCCCCCGCCCUCAUGCGCACGGCAAGCAUCGCUCUAGCCAUGACUACUCCCGCACCACCAGGAUGGUGCCCCAACCACGACGUCUCUCGUACCGGCAGCGGUGGCAGCAUCUACACCACCAGCAACGACAACCUCCACAUCACUGUAGAUUCGUCGUCACCUUCCCCGGAUCUGGCGGCCCCUGUACCCCGACGGCAUGUGCGGAUCCUGGAUGAUGCAGUAGUGGACUUCUACUUCAUGAUUGAUUCUGAUGUCUACUACAGGAACAGGCAGAGCCGCAGAGGUGCCAAGUCCAUCUAUGCGAGAGUAAUUAAAGAGCACAAAAAGGGGAUGGCGAUGAUGGUAAUCUAGAUGGGCUGUUAGAAAUGUACAUGUGGGACCUUGCACAUAUGGUUAUAUAUGGCUAUUGAUAUAUGCAUGUGUUGAUUUAUGUAAAUACGUAUGGUUGCUGUGAGCAUAUUUUCAUCCAUCGAAAUAUUCAAAUGUAUAUGGGCGAACCUGUAUGUGAAUGUCAAAUGGCCCAAUCAAUUGUGGCCGUGUUCAAGUGAUGCUAGAAUUAUUAGCUUUAUGUGAUGUAAAUAUAAAUAUGUGUUGUGUAAUUGGCUAUAUAUGUGGGCUGUAUGUGUGAAA